CCAGAAUCCGGAAGCCAUGUUUUCCGUUUUCAAGCUUACAGUUUUGUUCCUUCUUGUGAGAAAUAUUGGAGCAGAAGAAGUUGAUUUCAUCUACCAUGGCCUCAGAGGAGUUGAUCAUGUGAGCUUGGACGGUAUAGCUGAGAUCACAUCCAAUGGCCUUCUCUUGCUGACAAACAAUACAUUGCAAGAUACGGGCCAUGCCUUCUACACCAACCCAAUUCACUUCCUCAACAAAUCAUCAUCCGGUGGUGGCACCGGCACCGCUGCGGUACUCUCCUUCUCGACCACUUUUGUUUUUGCCAUCCUCCCCCAGUAUCCCAAUUUGGGUGGUCACGGUAUCGCUUGGUUCAUCGCACCCACAAGAGGCUUCCCUGGUGCUUUUCCAAGCCAAUAUCUUGGCCUCUUCAAUGAAACCGACAAUGGCCAUUCAACCAAUAAUGUAUUCGCAAUCGAACUCGAUACCAUAGAGAGUAAGGAGCUCAAUGAUAUCAACAACAAUCAUGUCGGUAUCGAUAUCAAUGGAUUGGACUCUGUUGCUUCUGCUCCGGCAUCCUAUUUCGAUGAGAGCGAUGGUGUGUCCAAGAACCUCACCCUCAUCAGUGGCGAUUCCAUGCAAGUCUGGGUGGAUUAUGAUGGUGUACACAAACAGCUAAACGUCACAUUAGCUCCAAUAAAUGUUCCUAAACCAGCUCUUCCCCUCUUGUCAGAGUCUCUCGAUCUUUCUCUGAUCAUGCAAGAGUCUAUGUUCAUCGGUUUCUCAUCCUCUCUUGGUUCUAUUCUCACUUCUCACUAUGUAUUGGGAUGGAGCUUCAAACUGAACGGGCAAGCAAAUGAAUUCAAUAUCUCCCAGCUUCCCAAACUUCCCCAAAGCAACCAGAAACCAGCAAUUCUGACCAUUGGGCUUCCUGUAAUUGUCUCUGCUUUAGUGUUAGGUAUUGUAAUUGGCAUAUUGAUUAGAAGGAAGAUAAAAUAUGCAGAAGUACUUGAAGAAUGGGAACUUGAUUAUGGGCCUCAUAGAUUCAAGUAUAAAGAUCUCUACGUCGCGACUGAUGGGUUUAAGCACAAGGAGCUUCUUGGUAUUGGUGGCUUUGGUAGAGUUUAUAGAGGUGUAUUACCCAUUUCCAAAAUUGAAGUUGCAGUGAAGAAGAUCUCACAUGAUUCAAGACAAGGGAUGAAGGAAUUUGUUGCUGAGAUUGUUAGCGUGGGUCAAUUACGACAUCGGAACUUAGUAACACUCUUGGGGUAUUGCCGGCGUAAAGGAGAACUUCUUUUGGUAUAUGAAUUCAUGCCCAAUGGAAGUCUAGACAAGUUCCUUUUCGAUUCAUCAAUGCCGGUGCUGAAUUGGAGUCAGAGGUAUCGAAUUAUUCGAGGUGUAGCAUCUGCACUGUUUUAUCUACAUGAGGAAUGGGAGAAGGUUGUGCUUCACAGAGAUGUAAAGUCCAGUAAUGUUCUAUUGGAUGGGGAAAUGAAUGCAAGAUUAGGAGAUUUUGGACUUGCGAAAUUGUAUGACCAUGGAUCUGAUCCUCAAACAACACAAGUGGUUGGGACACUGGGUUAUCUUGCACCAGAACUUUCAAGAACAGGGUUGGCCAACCCAAGCACAGAUGUGUUUGCAUUUGGGGCUUUUACAUUGGAAGUUGCUUGUGGGAGGAAGCCAAUAGAGCCAAGAGCAACAGCAGAGGAACUGAUGUUGGUGGAUUGGGUGUUCUCUUGUAAGAGAAUAGGGAAAAUUCUUGACACUGUGGAUCCAAACUUGGGGAUUAAUUAUGUCGAGAAGGAAAUGGAGUUGGUUUUGAAUCUUGGAUUGCUUUGCUCUCAUUGUGUUCCAACAGCAAGGCCAACUAUGAGACAAAUUGUGCAGUAUUUGGAGGGAGAACUCCCUCUACCAGAUUUGUCAUCUCUUAGUCUGUCUGCCAGUGGCAUAACAUCUGUGGAUGGCGAAGGCUUUGAUGAGUGUUUAACCAUGUCGUAUCCUUCUACUUCUUCUCAGGGGAUGAAAAUUCCAUCAUCACCAAAAGUUUCAGAAUUUCUACUCUCUGGAGGACGUUAA